AUGAGAAAGUUAACGAGUUUCCUGAACCUUCGUCGGUUUACUAAUUUAACUUACAUCUUAACUGCCACCAGCAUCAUCAUCGUCCUCACUUAUUAUUAUUACUUUCAUCAUUCCAUCAUCAACGAACCAAUCAAAACAAUAAGAAAUCAUCAAAAAUCAAAAACACCUUCAAUAACAUUAUCAUCAUCAACAACAUCACCACCUCUUCUUAUCACCAAUACUCAUACCUCUUCAAAUGGUCUACUCUACCUACUCGAUCAACCUAACUCAGAUUCAACCUCGAAUACAAACUAUCAAAAAUCGAAAAAAGAGUCAAAGAAACCAUCGAUCGAUCAUCCUAUCUUCUCAUUAAUCAGAAACGCAACUCUUUUAUGGGAAAACAAACUCAAGAAUCAAUCUACCAACUUGAGAUCUGCUACAGAAGAAUACAAAAGAAGAUAUCAUCGAUCACCACCUCGUGGAUUUGAUGAAUGGUGGAAUUGGUCAAAUGAUAAGAAUGUAAAACUUUUAGAUGAAUAUGACUCUAUUAAUCGAUCCAUCGAACCUUUCUUUGCUUUACCAGCUAGUCUCUUUCGUCAAAGAGUUGAUGACUUAACAAACUCUCGGACCAAAUGGAGUAAUGAUACCUUUGUGAUCUCGAUCAGAUCUGGUCAUUUCACUCUCUCUGGUUUUCAAGCUCAAAAUGGUCCAAGACCAAGAGAACUCGUCAACUUGUUACAAGAUAUUGUUCAUCUCUUACCUGAUGUUGAUUUACCUAUCUCUAUUCAUGAUAUACCAAAUCUACCCGAAUCAGAAUACAACGAAACGUACAAUCAACCCGGGCUGCGAGGGUGGCCAAACAUAUGUCCAUCAGACUCUCGAUUGAGGAAAGAACUAGAAGGUCUUGCUGACCCAAUUCAACCUAAUACCCAGAGUUUCAUUCAUCAUGAUCAUCUUUCUACAAUGAACAUGUGUCAUCAUCCUACUCUGUGGCAACAAAAUGGGUUUCUAUCAACGUACGAUUCACCCGAUCUUCCACCUCAUCGAUUUUCAGAAAUACUCAUCACCCCGCCAUCCCAGUUUUCGGUACCUGUGGGAAAUGAUCCAGAGUGGAGUAAUAAACAUAAUAAAUUGGUAUGGCGAGGUGGGAAUACCGGGAUUUUAUUUGAUUCUGAAACCAAUUGGAGAAUGUCACAGCGUGCUCGUCUUGUUAAAGUGACAAACGAUGGGAGAGGAAACAAGACGUUUCGAAUGGUCGAUGGCACUCUACCAAGGAAAAUGAAGUAUUUUGAAGCUGAUACCGCCUUACUCAAUCAAAAAUAUUUUGAUGUGGGUUUUGCUGGUAGGCCCGUUCAAUGUGAUAAUCUUGAUGGUACCUGUGAGGCGGUUGCAAAAUUAUACACCUUCAAGCCAUCACUUGAUCCAGAAGAAAUGAAUCAGUACAAGUACAUAAUGGAUGUUGAUGGUAAUGGAUGGAGUGGUAGGUUUCAUAGAUUGAUGGGGACAAAAAGCGUCGUGCUCAAAAGCACAAUCUUUCCAGAAUGUUAUGUUCCUGUUCGACUAGACUAUCAAGAUCUAUAUGAUAUUAUGGCCUUUUUUACAGGUGACUUGAAUGGUGAAGGAGCACAGGAUGAAGAAGGAAGGAAGAUUGGAGAAGCUGGUAAAACAUGGACUGAAAGGUUUUGGAGAAAGGAAGAUAUGCAAGCUUAUAUGUUCCGAUUGAUAUUGGAAUAUUGUAGGUUAUUGCAUAGGGAUACGGAGAUGAUGGAUUACACUUUGACUGAUGAUCCUCCUAAGGAAUAG